AUGGAGUUCGAGCGCAAGAUGGAGGAGCACAUCGAGGAGAUGCGCGUGACGCAGACUAUCGCGUACUUCAGUCGCACGGUGGAGCUGUGUUUCACGGACUGUGUGCACGCCUUUCGCAGCAAGAAACUAGACGACAAGGAGACGUCUUGCGUCAACAACUGCGCCGAAAAGUUCCUGCGCCACACCAUGCGCUCUUCCGUGCGUCUGCAGGAAAGCUACGCCGAGAUCAUGCAGCAACAACAGGAACAACAGAAAUAG